CACCAUUUUUUCGAGUUCAGAUGGGUCGGUUAAUAAUCGAGUUUGAGUCGGUAUUUCGGAUUAGGGCAACUUUUGACGGCUCUACUAAUAGCCCGAUAGGAAUAGCCGAAUAGACAAUAAUCUCCAACUCCUUUCUUUCUCAAUUCUUUAUUGAAGCGCACUCAGCGUUCUACAUCGAAGCACCUUUUGACACUUGAAUCUCUCAAUUAAGCAGAUUUGAGUUGAAGUGUGAAUCAAAGAUGAGAGAUUGGGGUGAUAUGCCAAAAGAGAUUGUGACUAAAAUUGUAGAACAUGUGGAAUUCUACGAAGACUUUGAGACUUUACAAAAAAUUUGUAGCCAUUGGAGACUAGCGGCAAAGGCAACAAAGUUUCGAGCUUAUCUGAAAGAAUCAUGCUCGGGUGAUGAGCAUACGCUUCCAUGGUUGAUGCUACCAGGAAAGAACGAUUUCUCAACGAUCCUUCGUUUGUAUAGCGUAUCUAAGAAAAUGGUUUAUCACAUUAACCUUCCUCUUCAUAACAUAAGAAAAGACCCGAAAAAGUUGUUAUCUUCUCUUGGGUGGUUGCUUGUGCUGUCGAAUACUACAGGUGAAGGUUCUCUUUUAAACCCUUACACCAAUGCCAUAAUCAAGCUCCCAAAAAUUUACUCUUUUUACAUUGGUGCACUUCGUUUUAAGUUCACCUUAUCAGCCAACCCCUUAACCACUUCCGAUUUCAUUGUCUUUUUAUACUUCUAUGAUUUAUUGGUCAAUUUUGAUACGCCGCAUUCAAAACUGUUUUACUGGAAGAAUGGUGAUGUUAUGUGGGUUCGCGUAACAAAUCCAUAUCCUAACGUCCUCAACGUCCACGAGAUAGGAAGAUUUCUUAACUCUACUUGUGUUGAUGUAACUUUUUACGAAGGUGAGUUUUAUGGGACUAAUAGGUAUGGUUGGAUUGUGAAAUUUGAGACAGCACAAGGUAGUCCUCAUUUUCGAGUGGUGGCUAACCUAUCUUGUCAAAGACAUGUGCAAGCGAAGAAGCCGAAUAGCUCCACAACCGUAUUUAGUGAUACAUGCUUCUAUUACCUGGUCAAGUCUUUAGGCCAAUUGUUGAUUAUACGUCAAGUCAAGUGGUUCGAUAUUUUGAGAGGAAAUCUAAAGAUCGGCGCUGUUGCACUUCAAGAUUUGAGGUACUUGAGUUGAAUGUUAAUAAUGGAAAGGUUAAGGAAGUUUCUAGCUUGGGAAAUAGAGCAUUUUUCAUAGGUUCAAACUCUUCCUUUUCCGUGGAGGUAUCUCCUUCUCAAUGUCUUGCCAAUGGCUUUAAGCCUAAUUGCGUUUACUAUACUGAGGAUUAUAGUGUUUGUAUUGAUAAGUUCAGGGGUCUUGGACGUCAUGGUAGAAAUGAUUCUGUUUACAAUUUAGCAACAAGGAAGUUUGAGCGUCUUUUUUACAAGGGUCCUUCAUCAGAUGUUGCCAGUU